GUCGCAAGUGACGUGCCGUGAAACGUGAGAACACCUCCUCCUUCCUCCCUUUUUCGUUCACGUUCGCUCGCGACCAAAUUCGUGCGCGUCCAGUGUCCGUGCGCCAUCUCUCUCUCUCUCUUUCUCUUUCUAUCGCGCUUUGAAAAUCCGUGAACAGUCAUCCACGAAACGAUACCGCGCCAUUGCGACGUGUCACCGGUCCCUCCGUUCUCCGCGCGACAAACGAUUCCCAUCGCGGGCCAUCCCUCGCGAUCGCCACCGGUUCGCGCGACGACGCCUUGUGUGUGAUAUGUGAGGUGUGUUUGGUACUCGGCGUUCCUCUCCACUGCCGCUCUUUACCGCGGAAAGAACCAAGUUAGAGAGAGAGGGCUGCGACGCGCAUCGAGACCAAGAUGUUUCGCGGGACGUGGCUGCGGUGGUCGACGCUGCUGUUGACGCUGCUAGGGACGCGGCUGGUAUUCGUGGUCGCCCAAUGCGGAUCGUUCACUCAGGACAGACAGGAAAAAGAGGACAAACAGGAUAAGCUGGCGCUGUAUAAAGUCACUUUAAGGACUUACUGGUCGAGGGCGCGAUUUCCACGGCAUUAUCCAGAAUGGAAGCCGCCGGCGCAGUUUGGCAAGCUGAUCGGCCGAACGCACGAUUCCACCUACACCCUGUACAGGUUGGGUGAGAGGCUAUCCAGCGGAACGAGACUGUACGUGGAGACCGGAAGAACAGACGGUCUGGACGCCGAUGGCGAUUCGCCCAGCAGCCUGCACUCAUUUACGGGACCGCCCGUGCCGCAAGGAGAAGGAACCAGCAUCGCGAGAGCGUUCUUGGACGGCAAUCACACUCUAAUCAGCAUCAUGGCGCGUAUCAACCCCAGCCCCGACUGGUUCGUGGGGGUCGAUUCCUUUCAGCUCUGCGUCGAAGGCAACUGGGUCGAUACGGUGACCGUCGAGUUGGAUCCGUUGGACGGUGGAACGGAUAACGGGUUCACAUUCACGGCUGCCAACUGGCCGACGCAGCCCCAAGGAAUCGCCUACAGGAUCACGUCACGAUACCCGGCGCAUCCCGCGGGAAGCUUCUAUUAUCCGAAUCUACCUCGUCUGCCGCCGAUAGCCACCCUCACCUUCACCAAGCUACGAGAAUACACGUUAACCGAGACGUAUCACGAAGACGACGUCGAGGUGGAGUUCGUCAGUAACGACAAUCUACUAGCAAACAGUCCGACCCCUCGGGGAAUCGAUCCGAACAGGGACCUGAACGAGGCCAUCGCCGAGGAACGAAAGGAAAUGGACACUCAAAGAUACAGGUACUGGACGACCAGCGGAAACGGCCAGUUGGUGACGGACAUUCCGCGGGACAAUAAAGCAGCCAUCAUGGACAGCAUCACGUCGUCGUACGCGCUGCAAAGGCCACGACUCACCGCAACGCCCGUGCCGAAAUUCUCUAAAUACAACGGGAAGACAGGAUGGCCGUAUUAUCAGAAGUACAAGCAGACGGCCGAGGCGCAGAAGGCACAAAUCUUCGAGGACAUUCAGAGGAAGAUCGCGAACGCGACCAACGGGAACAGUCUCGGCCAUUCCUGGAAUUCUACCGACAUCACCACCCAGCGCCAACACAGGCUCAGGAUGAAGCACCAUAGACUUACGUCCAAAGGGAAACGCCUGAGAACGCGUCCUCCGAGGGACUGCAAGGUCGGGGAAUGGGGUCCUUGGAGUGCCUGCAGUCGUAGCUGCGGGGUUGGGGAGACCCAGAGGACGCGGAAGAUAACGAUAAAGCCCCGCCGCGGAGGAUCAUCGUGUCCGCCGUUGAAGGAGACCAAGUGGUGCGGCAGCGCGAGCCCCUGCUCCGACAGCAAAUCCAUCGUGGACAGCUACCAAUGGUAGUCGUCGUCGUGGUUGUCAUCGGUAAAGCGAUCCCGAGAACAUGAUCCACCGAGCGGGGACGAUUCACCCUGACCGUUCGAAGGGCUGAGAUUCGAAAGACCCAGGGUGGGUCUCGCGCGUCAAUACAAAAUAAAGGAGUAAAAAACUAGGCGAAUGCGGUGGAUCGUCAUUAGUGAUCCGCUAGAACGCGUCAAUAACGUUAUCGUAGUCGUAGCACCGAGGAUUUCACGCGUCGGGACGGUCGUUCGGCGAUCGGGACGUCGGGAGUCGUGCCUCGAAAGUUGCCUCGACAUUUCGAUGAUUCUUUUGGAGGCGUCGUGGCAUCGAACGAAUCCAAAUUUAUUCGCAGAAAUUGCUCGAGAGGCUCGCGGUAUGGUCGACGGAGAAAAGAGGGUAUCGCGAAAGAAAAUAUUUUUAAUAUUCUUGGUAAAUACGGAUGGUGUGUUUCAUCACGAAUCAAUCUAACGAGAGUAGGUUCCGAUACUUGCAUCAGUUUUAACUAAACCUUGGCCUACGAGUCGCGAGAAAAGGGCGCUUCGUUUCGACGACUUUCGAGGACGAGGACUACCCUUAACGUACAGCCGAACGAACGCAGAGAAUUCGAACGUUCCCGAUUGUAUCUUGUCGAUCUGAUCGAGCUUAUUUCCCCGGCUUAAACUCUCCCCGGUUACCUCUCGAGUAUGUUCGAAAAAAUUCCGCGAAAAAUCCAACCGCGUCUCCGUCGAAGAAACGCGCGAUAACUCUGCCCACGGAGCAUCGAUUCGUUGAAGCCCCGGUCGCUGAACCCGCGGCGAAUUAUUUCGAAAGAAUUCCAGUCGGUCCGCGAAUUAUCCUACCGAGAUGAAACGAAUCCCCGAACCGGAUACUCCCGAAACUCGAACGGGCAGCGUCCCAGUUCCCACCGAGGGCGGAUAUAUCCGACGAAUUCGUUCGUUCGCGAGAACGGCGAUAAAACGAGCAGGCGGUAGGGGGCGGCAAAGAAAGUACAGAGUUUUCUGAAGGCACGAAAAAUCGACGGCAAUUCCCCGAGGCUGAAGCGUUGAACGCAAUUAGCCCAUUGGACUCGCACGAGGGAACACCGCCUCUCGCGUGUAUGCCGGACGAAUUCAGAACACGAUCGAUGGAAAAGUUUCACGAGGAAUUCAACGGCUGGCUUGCGCGUAGAUCGACACAGCCUUCGAGGGACUUUUGCUCGUGUCUCGGGAUAUCGUUCGCGCGUAUUCGAAACUUCCAGACGACCGCCAUUUUGCUUAGAUCGGUUGAUCCGCGCAACAACUUCAUUCCUAGCCAUUUUUUCAUUUCGAGAGAAAAUAAUUUUGUUUCGUUCAAAUAGGAAAAAUUCACACGGCUACAAGAUUCACGAGGGUCAAGUUCUUUUAAAUGAAUGUCCUAUAUGGACAUUUAUAGUUGCAAGGUUUAAAAUAUAACAAAGUAUCAAGAUUUCUGAAGACUUUCAAGAUGUUGAACCGUUUAAAAUCCUAGAUCGGAUUGAUUUUAUACGAUCGGUAACGGGGGAAGCAGCGUGCUGGCCAAAAAGUGUCCGGGUAUUGAUUGGAACUUACAAAUCUCGAGGUACAAGGCGUACAAAAAUCGCAACCGGGGAUGAAAAUGACGCGGCGGGAAACGCGGGACAAUGAAAUGAUGAGAAUCUAUUUCCGUGGUUCGCGUCCCUUUAUCGAUAUGCCUACGAUUCUUGGUACCCCGGUUCUAUUAACCCUUUAACCGCGUGCACUCGUCUCUCGAGUAGAGUUUGCGCUUUCGUUCGAGUGUUAUUGCCGGAGGAUUAUCGACGUGGGUCUCUUUGGAAUUUUCUCGUUAAAAGCGUAUUCAAGACGGGACCCGGUGAAUAGAACGCGUUGAAUUGGUUUAUCCGGGGUUAGUAAGAACACCGAAUGCUUCCGUUUCAACGAAAUUACGCGAUCAAAGGGUGAAAACUGUGCUGGAAAACGUUGAAUUAAUUCGAUUAUGCGGGGCCCGGUCGUCGCCUCGGCUCGAAUUCGCGUAAACGGCGAAAGUUCCCGCGAGACGAUAUCGGGACGCGUGGUGGGCGAUUUCGCGACGAGAUCCGCGAAAGGAGAAGAGAAAACCGUUUAAGGAGAAGAACGUUCGAAACAUAUUUCCUCCGCCAAGUGCUACGACGUGCCCAUGCUCGCGGCGUGAUAGGGAAAUUUUUACAAAAGAUAUCAUCAGGUACGUCUUAGGUGAGUGUAUUAUAUCUUAGGCGUAAAUUUAACGAUAAUAAUUAACAACUAACGUUUUAAUCGUAACACGUUAAUUUAAAUAGGCUCGUACCGUUGCGCCCCGCGAGGGGCUGUUCGCGGCGGCUUGUCCUUCUCGCCCUCGUGUUCUAUGUUCGUUCACGAUAAUGUUUCUUUCGUAGCUGACGAAGAAUCGAUGAAAUUAAAAAACGUGUAAGCAAUAAUUUUGAAAAAAUUGAUGGAAAUCAAUCGGCGCGAGAGCUGGGACCUGGAGAAAUUAAUUUCGAUGAAAGCUAAUCCAGAUAAAGCAGUUAUCCCGAAACAAAUAAAAGGAGAGUUUCGCAGGGGGGGGGGGCCUGAACGGGGUAAAUGCUCGUGAUUUCGCUUAAUCCGCAAAACGAUGAAAUUUCUCGGGAGACAGGACCGGGGGGGUCCGACGGACGACGAAAGAAGAGACACUUUCAUUUCUACCGGGAGGAAGGACCAAGCCGUCGCAGUUUUAGCAGCAUUAAGGAUGAACGUUUUAUAAACUAAACGCCCGAGGGGACGCUUUCGCGACGAAAGUUUCGACGACACGGAGAGAGAAAAGGAGUAGUAGCUGGACUUUGCCUAAGAAAUAAAAGCGCGAGAUAACAAGGAGGGAGACGUUACCAAAGAAACACUCGUGUAAAUGUAUAUCUUUUUCCCCCCCUUUUUCAUUCCCUGACCUUCUCUUUCUCGUUCCUGUUUCCGUUACUUCUGGUUCGCCGGUGCACGCUUCUUCCUCUGUUUCUCUCUUCUCCCUCGCGCGCGAAUGGUUCGCGAGAACGUAUGACAAAUCAAUGACAGACGAAAGGAACGAAGGAGGACGAUUCUGUACAAGUCACUGUGCAUUCUAGCCUCUAAGGACCUAGCCGAUAGGACCUAGCC